AUGAAAAAAUCAACAGAAGAUAAAUAUGUUGAAGAAACCGUUGAAGCUGUCGAGAAAGUCGGACGAUUUACACAUAUGAACAUACAUGAUCAAUCAUCUUUCAAUGAACUUAUUAAUAAUACAAACCGACAACUCUUAUCAUUCGUUUCUGCAACAUCUAAACCUGUUCAACUCAAUACAAAAUGGCAAGAACAAUUGAGAAAUGAAAAAGAACGAGCUAGGCGAAGUUUGAUUACAGGCAACUACGACAAACCAGAUGACACAUUAGAUUUAUUUGCUGCAAAAGAUGCCGUUGUAACAGUGGUGGAUUCAAAUAAUUAUAAUAAAUAUAAUUCUGAAAAUUAUGGCUCGAUUCUUCCAGUAAUCUCUAUCAAAACGAACUUUCCAACUCAAAAGACUAUCGCCGAUGAAUUUACAUUGAACAGAGAACAACGAGCUGCAUUCAUGAUAAUAACAAGUCAUCUUGAUGGUGACAGCCGUUGUCGUACAGGCGAUAAUAACGGUCAACUUAUAAUGUGCAUACCUGGAUUUGGUGGUACAGGCAAAUCACAACUUAUUCGUGCUAUAAGUAAAUACUUUCUUGUUACGAAAAGAAUGCAGAUGAUGCGAAAGCUUGCACACACUGAAAUCGCUGCUGCUGAAAUAGGUGGUAUGACUAUUCAUUCAUUUUUGGGUGAACAACGUAAUUCUGGAAAGCCACGAACCAUCAAACCAGAUGAUUCAAAACUCGAGAAAGAAUGA